AUGUCGUAUAACCAUACUUAUUACGGUCAAAACCAAAAUCAACAGCAGCAGCAGCAGCAGCAGCCUAACCAGCAACAACUUCCUCCACCUCCACAACAAUAUAUAUCUCAACAACAACAACAACAACAACAACAACAACAACAAGCAUCUCCAAGUUUACCCCAUUUAUAUUCACAGCAACAAGCAUCUCAAAUCUAUUCUGACCAACAACAACAAUAUCACCAUUAUUAUCAACAACAACAACAACAACCACAACAACAAUCAUAUUAUAAUCAACUAUAUUAUCAACAAUCAGCAACUACACAACCACAACCACCUACAUCAUCAUCUUCUUCUUCUUCUUCUACUUCUUCUUCAGAUGCUCAACAAAGACAAGCAGCUGCUGCAACAGGUUCAAGUUCAAUAAACACUUCUUCUGCAGCAGCUGUGGCAGCUGCAACUGCAGCUGGCUAUUACCAGAAUAAUGCGUUCUACGUUAAUAACCAAUCAUACCAAGUCCAUCAUCAACAACAAAUGCAGGCUGUGCCUCUGCCACCUCCUCCAAUCGUCCAGCAUCAACAUCAACAUUCACAACAGCAACAGCAACAGCAGCAGCAGCAGCAGCAGCAACAGCAGCAACAGCAACAUCAACAUCAACAGCAGCAGCAGCAGCAGCAGCAGGAUUAUUACCAGCAACAACAAGCCCAACAGCCAACAGGUCAAACUUCAGCUUAUCAAUACUCCUAUAUGCCCCAACCCCAGCAGUACUCUCCAGCCACUGCCCAAGCGCAGCCUCAACAGGCACCUGCUACUGCAACUGGCACUCCGGGGUCCACGGUGGUUCAAUCCACCCCUGUCACAGGAACUUCCACAUCAACAACCCCUGCUGCCUCACAAAAUGCUUCAGCUGCAACCGCCACGCCUUCAUCUCCAUAUAUUACAGCACCUUAUGCAGUUCAACAACAACAACAACAGCACCAACAACAGCACCAACAACAGCAACAGCAGCACCAACAACAUCAACAGCACCAACAACAACCUGCAGCAACAUCUGGACAUUAUCAAUACUCUUUAUCUACCACUGCAACAACUACUACUCAAGUCCCACAACACCACCCCACACCAUCACCUUUACCUCCACCCAUCCACGCAUCGCCCCAACCUCUUAGCUCUCCACUGACCACUUCUGCUCCCACUUCUGCUCAGACCACAACCACCACUAUCUCCUCUGCUAGCUCCGUUUCUGCAUCUGCACCAACCGCACCUGCCACUGCUGUUGCAGCUGUUUUACCUCCACAACAACCCUACUACCAGCAGCAGUAUCAGCAACAAUAUCAUGCACAAACCAUUGCUCCAACAAUCACGGACCCUGAAGGCCAGAAACCACCACCAAACUCAAAGCCCAAAAUUAUAACCACCCUCUGGGAAGAUGAAACUACCCUAUGCUUCCAGGUCGAGGCCCGCGGCGUUGUUGUGGCUCGUAGAGAAGAUAACAAUAUGAUCAAUGGAACAAAACUUCUUAACGUUGUGGGCAUGUCCCGUGGACGACGUGACGGUAUCCUCAAGGGAGAAAAACAACGCCAUGUUGUCAAGGCUGGUGCCAUGCAUCUUAAAGGUGUUUGGAUCCCUUACGAGCGUGCACUUUACUUUGCAAACAGAGAGAAAAUCAUUGACCUUCUGUACCCAUUGUUUGUCAAAGACUUGAAGGGCAUCUUGUAUAGCAAUGUGGAUCCCCACUCUGUACCUACAGUGGCAGCCUCGGCUAAUUCAGCCUCGAGUUACCCGGAAAAGAGCAAAAUUAAAAGCGAGCCGGGGAAAGACCGGCCGGAUUUGGACCAUAAAGAAGAACACAAGGUUGAUGCUUCCAGAUAUUCUUUCACCACCAUUUGCUCAACUGACUCGUCGCAACAAUCUGCUACUCAAGGCUCUGCCCCACAAUCACAACAACCAACAUCUGCACAGGCAGUCCAACCCUCCUCUACCACUGCCGCCCAGUCUGCCGAGUACCCCGCAAGAACUUACUACGAAUAUGACCCAACAGCUGCUGCAGCUGCGGCCGCAGCAGCAGCAGCAGCCGCUGCCGCUGCCGCUCAACAACAAGCCCAUCAUACGUCAACACAGUAUGGAUACUAUCGCGCUGAUACUUCCUCUCUUCCUCCACCUCCAAUUCCUCAACAGCCUCAACCUUUAACACCACAGUCUUCUCUUGCUUCGCAUUCUCUGCCUCAUCCUCACUCACUACCUCAUCCCCAGCAACAGCAACAUCAACAGACCACGACUUCAGCAGCAACCUCUGCAGUAUAUUCGCAACGGUACGUGACCACGGGUACAGCUUCACAGCCGAGCUAUUACACCCAGUACAUUUCGCAGCCUCCUUCUACUGCUACAUCUUCUGCAACGGCAGCUUCUGACACGCAACAACAGCAGCAGCAACAGCAGCAGCAACAGCAACCGGCAGCAACUUCAAAUACAACAACAGCUAACCCAUCCGCAGCACCAUCGCCACAACAGCAGCAACAGGGACACAGCCCGGGGACUGGACAACAAACGGAUACCCCGACGACACAGUCGCCGGGCCACGUUGCAGUGGAUGCCGGGACCAGUGCAGCGGAGGACGGGCCUGUUCCCAAGACUGAGAGUUAA